CUUCAGAUUUAGCUUUGUUCUUUUGUUUGAAAAAAGGUUUAUCUUUGUUGUUAAGCUGAGGAGGUGCAAAGAUGUUGAUAAAAUAUUUGAAGGUUGCAUGCUUCUAUUGCAUGGCGUUUGUAAUGAUUUGGUGUGGUGCUGCAGUUUCAUUUUCAGUGGUCAAUUCUCUUCCUGGAUUUAAUGCAGCACUUCCUUUCAGGCUUGAAACCGGAUACAUGGGGGUGGAUGAUGUGGAGUUUUUCUACUAUUUUAUUGAAUCUGAAAGCAACCCAGCUGAGGAUCCUCUCUUGCUGUGGAUCACUGGAGGCCCUGGCUGCUCUAGUCUUUCUGGAUUUUUCUUUGAAACAGGCCCCUUGCGUUUUAACAUGGUGGAGUACAAUGGCAGCUUACCUACUUUCUUCCAGAACCAGUAUGCAUGGACCAAGGUUUCAAGUAUAAUCUUCUUAGAUGCUCCGGUUGGUACCGGAUUCUCUUAUUCAAGGACGCCGCAUGGUUUCAAGACCGGGGAUAUGAAACAUGCUAUUAGUUGUUUUAAUUUUCUGAGGAAGUGGUUGCAGAGUCAUCCCAAGUUCAUCACUAAUCCACUUUAUAUAGGCGGUGGCUCAUACUCCGGCAUGAUUGUACCUAUCAUUGCUCUAGCAAUAUCAGAUGAUAAUGAAGACAAAGGCAUACCAGUAGUAAAUCUCAAAGGUUAUUUUCUUGGGAAUCCAUUUGCAGAUGGGAAGUUUGAAGGCAACUCAAAGAUUCCAUAUUACAAUCGAAUGGCACUCAUCUCUGAUGAACUUUACGAGUCAGCCAACAGGAAUUGUCAAGGAGAAUAUGUACAAGUUGGCAACGAAAGGUGUGCAAAUGAUCUUCAGGCUAUCUCAGAGUGCACCGCAAGCAUAAACGAGGUGCAUAUCUCGGAGCCUAAAUGCCCUUCCGAAUUUUCAGAAAUGGGUAUCUUGCGUAUGUCAACUGGAUACCCUCAAUUUGGAUGUCGAAACUAUUAUUGUUACCUUAUGAAAAUUUGGGCAAGUGAUGUCAACGUCCAGAAAGCACUCCACAUCAGAAAGGGAACAAUCAAUGAAUGGGUAAGAUGUAACCUGAGCAUGGACUAUGACUAUGAUGUUCCGAGUGCUAUAAGCUAUCAUCUACGUCUCAAUUCAAGAGGUUAUCGAGCUCUAAUAUUCAGUGGUGAUCAUGACAAAGUUGUUCCAUACGUGGGAACAGAAUCAUGGAUUAAGUCCCUGAAUCUCUCCAUCGUCUCUGAUUGGAGGCCAUGGUUUGUUGAUGGUCAAGUUGGAGGAUACUCGAGAGAAUACGCUAAUGGCUUUACAUUUGCAACUGUAAAGGGUGCAGGUCAUACGCCUCCAGAGUACAAUCCCCAGGAAUGUUUUGCCAUGUUUAAUAGAUGGAUUUCUCAACAACCUCUGUGA